AUGAACUCGACAUUGGCCAGUGGAGCCCCAUAUGCACGCCGCGAGAGAUCCGAAUCAGAAUCCGGGGCUCGGCCUUCGACUUCGCAGGCGACUCAAGUCCCUAAUGCCGCUCUAUAUCCCUGGUCGCAGCGGCGCUUGAAUUUCCCUACACCGCAGUCUAAUCCCUUCCCUCGUUACGGCGCGGCGGUGAACGCGAUUGCCUCAAAAGAUGGUGACAUUUAUAUCAUGGGUGGGCUGAUCAACGGUUCAAUGGUCCGGGGCGACUUGUGGAUGGUCGAGUCCGGAGGCGGAAAUCUCUCUUGCUAUCCCAUCGCCACAGUUUCCGAAGGACCUGGGCCCCGCGUUGGACACGCAAGUUUGCUCGUUGGCAAUGCUUUCAUCGUGUUCGGCGGUGAUACCAAGAUGGACGAUAAUGACGUGCUCGAUGACACUUUGUACCUGCUUAACACUUCUUCUCGGCAGUGGUCGAGGGCAGCGCCUCCGGGUCCACGACCCUCUGGACGAUAUGGCCAUACCCUCAAUAUUCUGGGCUCCAAGAUAUACAUCUUUGGAGGUCAGGUUGAGGGCUAUUUCUUCAAUGAUUUAAUAGCUUUCGACCUGAACGCCUUGCAGAACCCGCUAAAUCAGUGGGAGUUUUUGCUGCAGAACACGGGAGACGACACCGUUGGCCCGAAUGCAAAAGUGCCUGCUGCGAGGACGAAUCACACGAUCGUCAGCUAUAAUGACCAGCUAUUUCUAUUCGGAGGCACCAAUGGCACUCAAUGGUUCAACGAUGUCUGGACGUACAGUCCCAUCACCAACGUUUGGACGCAGCAAGACUGCAUAGGAUAUAUUCCUGCUCCUCGUGAGGGCCACUCUGCCGCCUUGGUCAACGACGUCAUGUAUAUCUUCGGUGGCAGAACUGAAGAAGGAACAGACCUUGGUGAUCUGGCGGCCUUUCGCAUCUCAUCAAAGCGAUGGUAUACUUUUCAGAACAUGGGCCCGUCGCCGUCACCCAGAUCUGGUCACAGUAUGACAGCGUACCGCGACAAAAUCAUCGUUCUCGCUGGGGAGCCUAGUUCAGCCCCGCGGGAUCCUGCAGAGCUCAGUAUGGUUUACGUACUGGACACUGCAAAAAUAAGGUACCCAAAUGAUGCACCAGCUUCUGGCCAACCUGCAGAUUCGAGGCAGCCCAGCAGCCCGACCCGAAGACCAAGCACAGAAGCAAGAUCUGUUAUGCCUCUCCGUUCAACAUCGCGAGAAGGGGCAAGAAGUCAGAAUGCAUCUCGGGAACAGUUCUCGGGUGGUCCGGUCCAAAGGCCAGACGCUGCGCAAAACAACGUACAGUCGCGACUGCCACGAGCAUCUAUGGGGCAGGCGCCUUCUGGACCUCCGCCCCAGGGACAAGCGCCCACGCCACGUGCGAAUGGAGUCCAGUCUCCUCCAAAUGCCCCCAAUGGUCCAAAAGCCAGGUACAAUGGUCCGCCGCUCGACACAAGAGGUGCCGCAGCCAGCACGGAUGGCGUACGAACUGCUCCUCCAGAUGGGAUAAUACAGCCUCCAGCGGUGAGAGAUGUACAGAAAGAGAACAUCAGGCCUAGCCGCGAAGGAAGCCCGAGCACUUUUGGGCGUAGGACUCCAACACAACGAACCGAGUCAAAGGCAAAAGCUAUGGAAGCAGGUGAAGCAGCUCCUCUCAUGAGUAGCGGUGUGGCCAGACAACGGUCUCUCAGGUCCCAGCGAGCUCAAAGUUCAAUCGAUAGCACAGAAGACGGGCUUUUGGGACGCUCAUCCUCGGGCAGACAUCACGGAGAAUCACAAGCUGAUAAUCGAAGCUUACGAAGCAUACCCGGCGAUGAGCCCAAAUCUCCCAAGAUGAAUGCUCAUCAAGAGGCGCUCCUCAAGGAGCUAGAAACUGUGAAAAAGACAAACGCGUGGUAUGCUUCAGAAUUGGCUCUUGCUCGGAAGCAAGGUUACCAUACCGGCGCUUCCUCUAGCCCUACGUUCGACGAGCGUACCUUCAGCCAAGUUGCAGAUGACGAUCGACCACUAAUGGAAGCCUUUAUGACCAUGAGAACAGAAAUUAUCAAGAUGCAAGAAGCCAUGGAAUCGCAAGCCACGUUGAUGGCAAGACGGAUUGCCGAGGUGGAACAUCAGCGCGAUGCCGCCGUUACAGAAGCUGCAUACGCACGAGCCAAGCUUGCUGCCCAUGGUGGUAGCCAGCGCAGCACACCUCAACCCGACGCUGGGCGCGAACCUGACGAGCAAGAACGUUUCACUGACCUUUCACGCCGGCUCGCUUUGGCUCUCGCUGCACAGUCUGAGCACAAAGCUAAGCUUGAUUCCUUGAACAACGAUCUUGCUUCCGAAAGAAAAGCUCGAGAACUGGCAGAAGAGUCUAUAGACGCUCUGCAGCUCCGGUAUGAUGAGCUAAGCAAGAAUCGAAAUCCGGCAGAACUCGAGGGUCUCCGUGCUGAACUUCACGAAGCUCAGAGUCUGGCGCGAGCAGAGGCAGGCCGUAGAGCCGAAGUUGAAGAGCAGUUGCGCACACUGCGAGUUGAUCACGACAGUUUGAUCAAGAUGCACGAGGAUACAUCAUCGCGGCUAGCGGGUCAUACGGCGUCGAUGGCUGCUUUGGAAGCUGCCGUUGCAGCGUCAACGAGCAAAGCCAGCCUUUAUGAACGGCAAAUUGAAGAAGAGCGCGGACAAAGAGAAGUUGCGGAGAGGAAACUAUCUCAAUUAAGAGCCGAGCAUGAAGAUAGAACUACAGAAUUGGAAACCGUCUCGAAACGCCUGCGUGAUGCCGAAGAGUUGGCCGAAACCCACGCCAGGGAAGCUGCGACUCAUCGCGAGGCUCUUCUCGCCGGGCUAGCCAAGCUGUCAUCUUCCGACACAGCCUCUAAGCAAGACGCGGUGGCUGAGCAGAAAAUCGCAGCUCUUCGUGAAUCAGCCGAGGAAGCCUCAAGUUUGGCCAAACGCAACCAGGAAGCUGCGGAUAAAGCAGCACAGAAGCUACGCAAUGCAGAAGAACGAAUUGCCGGACUGGAAGCGUAUCAGGAACAAUCCAGCCGCGAAGCUCUCCAGAUCCGGCGACAGUUACAGACUGCUUUGCGGGAUACGCAAAACUACCAGGCAGAGAUCCGCGAAUUGCGAUCAAACCUCGAGAUGCAUCAGCGAGAUGCUAGCGCACUUGCAGUUCAACACAGUGCGCUCAAAGACCUAUUAGGCGAGCGCGGCAUGAAUGUCUCCGAUGUCCGACGGUCGCCCAUAUUCGAACACUCUCCAAGUUCUCGUUUUGGCACACCGGAGCAAGCGCGUCUCCGUGAACUCGAUCAACAAUUGCAAGCCAGUCUCAAAGCUCAUGACGAGACUAAGAGUCAAUUCGAGGCUCGUAUGCAGGAAGCCGACAGCACCUACAAGGAGAAGUUGGAGCAGCUCGAGAACGAUUAUCAGUCAGCUGUACAUUACGUCAAGGGCACCGAGAAGAUGCUGAAGAAGAUGAAGGAAGAGCUCACCAAAUACAAAUCCCAAAACGCGCAGCUAACGGGCGAAUUGGAGACCGCUCGAAGUACCAGUGCGGCUUCUGGGACGGCAGCCGACACCUCGGCCUGGGACGACGAACGGAAGCAACUUCAAUCUUCAAUUGAAGAGAUGAAGACGCAGACGAGCAGACAAAUUGAUCUGUUAGAGUCGAACAUUGCCUCACUGAAGUCGGAGCUUUCAACUAUACAGGCAGAGAGAGAUCAGCAAAAAGCUAGUCAUGAGGAGCUCACACAAACCGCGCAAAGACUGGGCAAAGAACUGGAGCAACUCAAGUCGGAAAACUCGAUGCUCGAAAAGCAGGCGGAAGAGGCCGAAAGUCGAGUGACAAUGCUCCUGGAUCAAGUGGGCCAGUCAGUAGGAAACUAUCGCCGUCAGUCACAGUUACAACCUCUGCCCCAUGGCAUCAACGGUGUUGGCCACGACCGAGAGGAAAGUACCUCGACGCUAACAGAUGUCUCGGUCAACGAAGAGGCUUUAUCUCGAGACGAACGAGGAUCUAUUGCAUUGGAUAACUUGGCUUCCGAGCUGGAGACGCUCCGAUCACAAUGGGAGAGCACGAGCAGGAAUAACUAUCGACUUAGCACGACUUUUGACUCGGAGAGGACACCUACCACAGAGAGUCAUGGGACAGAGCUGAGUGAUAAUCUCGCCAACUGGAGGCGGCGGCUUGAAGAAGAAGAAAAUGGAACAAGAGAAACGUCGACUGUCGCAUGA